AUGGAGCAUAGGAUGGACUCACACCGACAGCAGUGAGGAAGUGAGGUGGCCGAGGCUUUUGACUGGCACAACAGCGCCACUUUUAAGCGGUCGUUCACUUCGUCAACAAUAACAGUCCUCAGAAGUUGUCAGACUGUGGUCAAGGAUAACCGGGAGAACAGUGCCACGACGAUACAGCCUUCAGUUAUAUGUGGGAGGUCAAAGAUGGUUCAAGACAGUGCUCACAUUCGGCGGCAGGGUGCCCAGGACUUCAUGGCAUACUAUGACUUUGCCUGUGCCAGACAGGAAUCAGUCCCUCUCCCUGCUGUGAAGAUGAACCUUGACAAAGGGAGGCUGGACUUUAAUGGAGACAGGGUCAAACUCACCGACUGGCCACCCAUUCUCAACUCUAUCUGCAUCAACAAACACCUGCACCACAUUGCAAUAAGUAGCACAUACCAAGCUAGUCUGGGUUCUGGAGACACAGAUAGACGGUACUAUAAGUCUAGCUUCAGGAAGAAGAUCCCAGCCAUUCGCUCUAAGGAGAUGACAUUUAAGUUGUGCAAGGCCCUGAGAGAGUGUCUGAAUGUCUCUCCCAACCUCAAGACUUUGCAGCUUAAUGGACUUCCACUGAGAGAGAGGGACCUCAUCACCUUGACAAAGGGUUUAGCAAAAAGUGUUUCCUUGGAAAACCUUUCUCUGGCUAACUGUCCAAUCACUGACGAGGGCUUAGAGGUCAUUUGCCAAAGUGUUAAGUAUUCUACAAGCAUCAGGACGGUGGAUUUUACAGGGUGCAAUCUCACCUGGAGAGGGGCAGAGCAUAUGGCCAGCAUCAUCAAGCAUCAGGGAAUGCAGAGGCAUGGUACUGCAUGGGCAGAGUCUCUGAGGUAUCGACAGCCACAGUUUGAGGGAAUGGGGGGUCUCCGGCGUGUCACCCUAAACUCUAACACUUUGAUUGGGGAUCGGGGUGCUGCUGCUCUUGCACAUGAACUGGCCGAGGACCUCUGGGUUAAAGCUGUGGACCUACAGAGGUGCGGUCUAUCCAGUGAUGGAGCUCGUCGUUUGCUGGAAGCCUUGAAAACUAAUUCUGCUCUUUGUGUACUAGAUAUUCGUAGUAACCCUUUAAUUGACAAGGUCCUAAUUAAAACUAUAAUAGAGAAAGUACUGAUGAAUGCUGAUGGACAGUCACCAGAGUAUUGCUGGAUCAAGCCUGCAGCCACAGAGCCACAGAGAGCUUCUGGUCCAAAGAGGCGAGCACUACCCAGUACAGUCAGAGGAAAAGCUACAUUUAGGAUAGCCCCUCGUAAAGGAGCAUCUCCUGGAGGGCGGAGUUCAUGCGUUGCACAGACACAGAAGUCCUUUUCCCGCUCCCCUUGUGUGCCUUGGCGUGCUGCUGCACGAGCUGAACGCCAGAGAGGUAUGCCUCCUGCAGUCAGUGUGAUAGAUCAAAGCUUUCAGGGUGCAGCUACAGUGAGAGUAACUGUGGAGUCAGAUUCAGAGAGAGAGGAGGAUGAGGAAGAGGAAGAAGUGGUGGUGGAAGUGGACCAGAGACCAUCUUCUCUUAGUCUCCAGGACAGCAUCACUGGAUGGCAGUUUGAACAUAUGCAGAUGGAGCUAAAGGAGUGUCGUCUGAGGCUGGCAGAGGAGCGCAGAGCCAGACUGAAAGCUGAGUCAAGGCUCAUGGAGUAUGAGUUGGAGAAUGCCCGUCUUCGUAACACCAACCUCUCCCUAUCAGAAGUACUUGCAGCCACUGGCUCUGCAUCAGCACCACCUGCUUUCAGUGCACUUGAAGAUGAGGCAGUGCUUGAGAGCAUUGAGAACUCAUUUACCAAGUUCCAUGCUUUCCUGGAUCUCCUCAAGGAUGCUGGCCUAGGUCAGCUAGCUUCAAUGGCUGGAAUUGACAAGUCAGAUUUCCACCCUCCGGGAAGACCUCAGCUCUCUUCUACAAUAGGACCUCAUUUGGGUGGUGCAGCAUCACUGACUAGAGGGGAGUAUCGGGCUGUUCGGGCAAGGACUGAUGUUUCAUCUUUGCUAAAGGUAGGCAGCGUACUGCCUGCUCCCCCUGGUAGACCGGCUGACACAACCACUCCCAGAUCUCCAUCCUCUGUCAAGGAGUCCUUGCGUGAAGAUAGGCUGCUAGAUGUGACCUUCAGUCAGGCUUUUGAACCAGAACCUGCUGUAGACCCUGGUGUAGGUGGAAAAGAGGAACCAGAUAAAUAUUCAAAGCCUGAUACCCAGCAUGAUUCAGGUUCUGAGCACAGUUUCCGUAGCCAAAAAUCCUUUGAUAAAGUUUUCUUUGGUAAAGCUUUUCAGACUCAACCAAGCCACCCUGAGAGCAACAGCAACUCUCACAGAAGCAAUGGUUCCCAUGGAUACAGCUUCAACAACAGCUAUGCUUACAGUCAUGCUUCUCAUAGCAACGGGUCUCUUGGUGGAUUGUCCGGAAGAUCAAGUGUUAGUGACGUUAUAAGUGACAAGGCAGAGUCUGUGGGAUCGGUAGGGUCAACUAACAGGGGGCAGGGAAGACUAGUUACAGUAGGCCAGUCAGGAUCUGAAGGGUCUGAGGGGAAAGCCUUUCCUGGGAGUGAGACUCUGGAGCAGAUCAGGUCUCUGGGCGGUCUGGGAGGGCAGUCAGACAAUGAGUCCUUCUGACCAGAGAGACAUGAAAAGCUGUGUAUUGCGGUGUCUGUUCUUAGUGCCUUCUCCUUAAAAUGCUUUCUGUUAAGAUUGUUGUUCACUUUAAGAAUGUCUAUGAUGUAGAUUUUGUACAUAUUUUUUGGAGUCUAGAUUUAUUUUUAAAUCUUAGGAAGACACAAUACCAGUCUCAGUUAUUUCAUUGUUUUGUAAAGCGUCACGUUCUUUUGUAGAUGCAGUUUGCACUUGGGGCAUGUACAGUAUACCAUUUCAUUCAGUAAAGUGUGAUAGUAGAUAUUUGGGUUGCCAAGCUAACCUCGCCACAAUCAAGUCUUAAUUCAAUCAUUCAAUCCCAUUGUGGUCCUGUUCCAUGUUUGAACACAUCAAACCUCAGAGGGAAAAUAUAUUGCAUUAUCUUAAAGCCAUUUCAUGGUAGCUUAUUUCUCCUUUUUUAAAUAUAUAAUUUAUGAUGUAGAAUUGUAUCCUUUUGUUGUUCCUGUUCGGACAUUCUUCACUGCUCUAAAAUUUACGUUUUUUAAUAAACAUGUUAGCAGUUUCAAGUUGUGUUCCUGAGCUUCUAAAUUCAAAAUUCAAAAAGCUACUGCCACUCCCAAGUCAGAAAUGCACCAUAACAGUGCAUUAUGAACUUGGCAUUGCCCCAAUUUAUACCUGUGAAUUUCUCAUUUUGAGGAUUUUUCAAUAUGCCCUAUAUACUGUUUAUGCCAUUAAUGUGUGCAGUAUUGAGAACUAAUACUAAAAUAGAUAUUCACUAAUAAAACUGUGUUGUGACACAAACCCCAAAAGGCUUCUAACUGAAAGACCCUGGUUUUACUAACAAUUAUUCUCAGCGCUGCAUGUGUUGCUGUAAUUUCCCCAUUCCCAUUGUUACUUGUCCAUUCCAUAUAGCAUUGUCAGUGGGUGAAAUUGUGCCAGAAAACGUUUUGGACCUGUGUCUACUUGCUUUCUAGAUGCAGGACCAAAAUCUGUUUACUACAUUGGGUGUCUACGGUCUCUUUUGGUGCUGUGUCCUGAGAGACAAAGUAAUGGGACCAAAGCAUGAUUUUUGUGGGUUAGAGUAGGACAGAGUGUUCUGUUGGCGUAUCUGCAUGUUUUCCAUUACAAGUGAGCACCAAACAUCAGUAAAAGCCAAAAGUACAGCUCUCUGCAAAGGUGAAAAGGAGUGCAUAAAGUCUUUCAUCUGUAACAUAUUCUCAGAGUUACGUAAUCUUUUAUUCUUCUUGUAGUCUUUUUUUGUACUUUUUUUUCCUCAAGACACCUCUUUUGCAAAUAAUGUACUCAUUUUAGAGACUGAAGUAGAGAGUUUAUUUCUUAUUUGUUGUAGUAAGAGUUUUCGAUGGAAAUGCUGACAUUUGUCACAUCUCUCUGUUUAUGUGUAGUUUACACACAACUGUAGUGCCUUAAAUGCUGUGGAAGGUAAAGUGUGAAUUACUAUAGAAGCAGUAAGAGUUUCUUAGCUGUUGUAUGUGCACUUGAGUACAUCAGCCGGGGUUGGACUGUGUUGUCCAAGGAUAAUGUGUGAUAGCUGUCUGUAAUGUUUGAGCGCAUGAUAUGAAACAAUUUCACAGUUUAUGCACAGUUGCUGUAGCAACCUGUGUCACUGUUGUGGCCCUACCGGACCUUGAUUUAAUGCUGAAGCAGUUUUCUUUUAGUAAAAUCAAGUAAAACUACACUUGUCAAAUUUCGGUGAGGCAUUUGUGCAACAUCCCAGUUGUAAUUGUUUUUUACAUACAUUUAUUCAAAUUUAAAGUGGGACUAUGUAACUUUUAAAAGAAAAAAUAGCACUUUUAUCCUUUUAGAAAUGAAAUGUUGAAUCCAUAAACAUACAAACACAACAUUGCUCAAUUCACUACACUACACUUUUCUUCUACAGCCUUGCUUGGUCUGGUAUGACCACUAGUUUAUGGUGGCUAAUUCUAGCAAACUUUACUGUAUAAUAAACUAUUGCUGUAAAAUGGA